UCAGAAAUUAGGAAGAACGCAACUGAUUUUCUCAGUCCAAUCGUCUUUCAGAAAUAUAAACGCUCUUUUGUUCUUUUGGAUCCUUCCUGUCAAUUCAUUAUGAAACUACUCAGGCCAUGUCUGAGUUGGAUUUUCAUAGCACUCUUAGGCAACUGGUCGGACGUUUCCACGGCAUUUUCAUUUCAAUCAUUGGAAGAAGAGAGUCCUACGUGUGACGAAUUGCUUGCGUUCUGGAACAUAGUCAGCAAAACAGUUAAAAUGAGCCAGAUAACCAAUGAAAUUCCAGUCAUUCCUGUGGAACUCUUCACAGACCUGCAGCACCAAAACAAACUGAAAGCACACAGCCGCAAUCGAGUCAAAACGAACAAAUCUCAAAGGAAGAAUUUAAUGAAUAUGUUCGAAAUGGAUCAUCAUCAACCUUUAACCACUUUAAACAUUCCAAGCAUGAAUUCCAGAACUCAUUCACAACCUCUCUCUGCCUUUCCUCAACAGGAAGAUCCACAUUAUCAAGUCAGCAACGAUGUCACGGAUGGAAAUUUCGGCGAAUUCCUCUCAAACUUUGAAGAAAUUCCCUCCACUACACUAACAGCAUCAUGGUUACCAGAGCCUAGGGUCUCAGCUUUCAGUCCCCCAGAAACAAAGAACACCGAAGAGAUGUACGUUCCAAAAUGGGGGUCACCAGAAGAAGUGGGAAUGUUUGGUCAGUUCUUGGACGUGGACGAGAGAUCCGCUGGUCAUACGCAAAUGAGACGGAUUCCAAAAGAACCACAAGGCAAAUGGACAGCGUUUGCUGAACUGGAAGUACCUGAAGUACAGAUUCUAUGUGCCCAAGUGAGAAACAAAGAAUGCAGUUCGGAUACUCAGUGCAAUUGCAACAGUUGGCUUGGAUAUAAAUGUAUACAUGGAAGAUGCACUUUAGAAAAAAAAUUUGAAAAUGGCUACACUAAUCACUAUGGAACCUGGCAUAAUGGUCCUUUACCCAGUUCGAAGCUCGGCAUUUUCUCUCGACUGAGGAAAAGAAAUAGUAGAUAUGUUUUUAUGUGAAAAAUACCUUAUUGUAAAAUUUGACUUUCGUUGACGUCUUACAAUUUUGCAGCAACCAAUUCAUAAUUAGUUACGAUCAGAUACCAUACUUUAACUCAACAGAAAACGAAACCCUUUCUUCUUUCAGUAUGAAAGUAAAAUUAUUCCCUCAUGUGUUACUUAAACUUUUGAACUAGUUAUUGUUUCUGAAGAUUUCAUCAUUUUAAA